AUGGUCAAAGACAAGGACGGUGACACUGUCGCUACGUUCAAUGGAAAAUGGAUAUCAUAUUCGCAUACCGCUAUGGCCUAUUGUGCCUUCGUCGGAGCCCUCGUAGUCGGAAUAUGGUUACAUUACCACAAGAUCGUACAGAAUGAGUUCUACGGCUACCCAGAUGAAUGGUUCCCAUCCGUGUCCGCGACUAUUGGCGACCGCUACCCAGAGCGUUCGGUUUUUAUGCUCUUCAUCGCUCUUACAUCUGGCCCCCGGUUUGCAUUGGUCGGCCUUUGGUACAUCUUGACCCGCCGACCUAACUCGUCCCUCCCCAAGUUCAUCGCUGGCGUUGGCAUCUUUCGGACCUUGACUUGCGGAGGAUGGACAUAUGUGACCUCUACCGACGACCACGACUGGCACGAUAUCUUUAUGAUUUCAUAUCUUGUCGCAACGCUACCUUGGACCCUAGGCUGUGUUGCUCUCAGCCCUAAGAACCCCACUGCCCUCAAGUACCGAAAAGUCCUCGCUGGCAGCUUUUUUGGAACUCUUGUGCCAUUGAUAUACUUCUUUAUCCAACACAAGGUGCAUCGUGUUGCCGGAGCCUACACCAUCUAUGCUUUCUUCGAAUGGGCACUGGUUCUGCUCGAUGUAGGCUUCGAUGCCGUCACGAUGAUCGAAUUCCAACACUUGGAGGUUGUUAUUAAGGAUGUUCGAGGUGUUUCUCGCCUUGCGGGCUCCAAAUCGACAUCAGACAGCAUCCAAGAAAAAAACAAGGAGAUGAGCGCAACGUUCUCGGGUGCCUUUUCCUGGUUUGGACUCAUUUAUGCUGCAGCCGACGUAUACAAUGGAUUUGUCUUCUGGUCCAUGUUGACUUCACUCGGCGUCUGCGUCUGGUACUUCCCUCUUUGGCACAUGGGCAUCUCUGGCUACGAAGCCUUGGUCAUGUGUACCAUCUCCCCCUUCUUCCUUGGCAUCAAGCCCCUCCGCUACCUUGCCACUCGCUACGUCUGGUUUUUUCAUUUGCUCUCCCUCUCUGGACUUCUCGCGUUUCUCGCAGAGACGCCUGUCAAUCGACUCUUUGCUGUUGGUUUCGGACUCUCAAUGUCAUGCCUCGCAUGGUCUGCUACCUUCUUCGCUGAACGGUCCCAACCACAUCGCCUCGAAGCACGCAUUUCUGCCUUUGCCAUUGGUUUGAUAGCCUCUAGCAUCGCGAAGUUUGCCUUUUGGACGAACAACCCGAUCUGGCCAAUCAUGCACGAGGCAAAUGGCGGGUGGAACAAGACUGGUCUCGUAGUUGCUUUCAUCUCGAUGCUUAUAUCGACCAGAUCCACCGCCAGCUCUGGUGCUGAUGUGCCAGCUCAGGGUCCUACCAAAGGGUCAUCUGUUUUUGCGAGCUUUGGUUUGGCGGGUGUCAUGUUCGCUAUGCACUCGCUGCUUUCCGAUUCGAGCACGAUGAUCUCCUGGGUAUGGGAAGGCUACCCCGUUCGGGGUCCCCUGGCAGUUCCCCAUGGCACCUUGGUUUUGUUCGCCAUGGGAUUGGGUCUUACAGUCGGAUUAUUCGCGCCAAACUUUUCAAGAUCAUGGGCCUUCUACGGCAUAGGCUCGAUCGGUGCUGCCGUACUGACUACCACUAGCCACUGGUCUGGUUUCUAUGGAGCUCUCGUUCUUGCUAUGUACACCAUGGCAGCAGCACCUAUCCUCAUUGCUCACGCGGCGCGCCACUCACCAGGCCGAACUUUCGGUCUUGGAUUCUUGGUCUAUAACUUCAUGGUUCUCUUCCAUGUCUGGGUAGUAGCAUAUGCCUUCGUCCCUGGUGGUCCCCUUGUUCGCGAACAUACAGACUGGGUCAUGACAGCCAUGAUGCUUCAAAUCGGUGCUGGUGUCUUCAGCGUCUCAGCUCAACCGCCUGCACUCAAAAGCUACAAGGGCAAAGCCGUCAUCACCGCGGCCGCUGGUAGACAACGGUCCUACUAUCUGUAUGUCCUUGGUGCUCUGGAGUUGAUUGCCAUUGCCACGGCCUACCUACGCUUCCCAUCAUAUGACUACACGCCCUACCACCCAGAAACCAAGUCCAUUACAGCCGGUAUUUGGACUAUCCACUUCUCUCUCGACAACGACAUGUGGUCUUCCGAGUACCGCAUGCGUGACUUGAUCAAGGAAAUGGAAGUCGACGUCAUCGGUCUCCUAGAAAGUGAUCUCCAACGCAUCAUCAUGGGCAAUCGCGAUACAACGCAAUUCCUCGCCGAGGACCUAGGCAUGUACGUCGACUUCGGUCCCGGCCCGAACAAGCACACAUGGGGCUCAGCGCUUCUCUCCAAGUUCCCCAUUGUAAACUCGACACACCACCUCCUUCCGUCGCCCGUCGGCGAACUCGCCCCCGCCAUCGAAGCGACAAUCGACGCCUACGGCGAGAUGAUCGACAUCUUCGUCUUCCAUUCGGGCCAGGAAGAGGACCCCGAGGAUCGCCGCUUACAGUCAGAAUACCUAGCUGAACGCAUGAAAGCCACGCCUCGUCCUGCCAUCCUCCUCUCGUACCUGGUCAUUAAACCGGGCGAGGGCAACUACAACACUUAUGUGGGCGAGAAGAGCGGUAUGAAGGACAUUGAUGCGUCGGACUGGGAUAGGUGGUGCGAGUACAUUCUCUUCAAAGGCUUGAGGAGGAGUGGGUAUGCGCGUGUUUCUAGACACACCAUUACGGAUACCGAGUUACAGGUUGGCAAGUUCGUCGUUGGCGAGCCGGAGAACGGAGAUGAGCUUGUGCAUGAAUCGCAGGUCCCUGCUGGCUUGAGGUUCCCGGAUCUGUUCAAGGGACAGGGUGUCAGGGGGCAUAGGUAUCAUGUCUUCAACGAGCCUAGAUACUAUGCCUGA